GUACAUUCAAUGUUAUAAAUUAUCGACCGAGACACAAAUUGGCUUAUCACCACUGUUUCCUACCAAAAAGAAGAGGCACUCCGCACUUGGAGCAUGAGAAUGCUCACAGUUCUUCUUAUUCUACUACAUUUAACAUUUCAAAUAAAAUCUCAAAAUAUUCAUCCUGUACUUCCACCGCCUACGGAAUUGUCUUGUCCUACUGUAGGAACAAAUGCAUAUAUUCUGGUUACAGUAACACCUGAAACUGAUAUUCGACAAUUUGAAGAUCUUUUGAAUAGUUAUGGUCGAUUAAUGCCAUUUAAUUCAACUCAACAAAUUAAAUAUGAUUUUUAUUUUGGUUCCAAUUAUUCAACUAUUGUUACGACUAAUGAUUUGAUUAAAGAAAUUAGUGAAUGGUUCAAUGAUACCAAUUACUAUCCUCUUUUGUAUGCAAGUGCAUUGACACCUUCCGCAAGUAAUAAGCAAUAUGAAACUGAAGCUUUGGUAAGCAUUGGAAAAACAAUUUUAGAUAAUGUUGCAAAAGAUAAUCAGCAAGUUUUGACGGUAUAUCUCAAAAAGCAGGUUGUACUCUUAACGGACUACGCUCCUCUGAACAUCACAGACAUUUUCAACAGAAACCAAAAUGAAAAUACACAACGUCUCGCACUUUCAUAUGCAGAUGACUUGACUCCAUUGGAAGAAGCCGCAGAGUUUCCAGUUUUUAAGAGUGAUGAUGAAAUGAAUCUUUCUGCGACAAGAAAUAUUUUUCAAGAAAACAGAGAUUUCGAAUUCCCAGCAAUAAUCCACGAGGACAAACCAUCAUCAGAUGUUUAUGUUUUUAUGACAUCUUUCAAUGUAUCACAGUUAAUGAGAGUUGUUGAGUCAACAAUUAAUGGUCCAACAUGUCAAAUGUCUCAAACCAAAAUGUACUCGCAGUUUGUGCAUUCGCAGAUUAUAAAGAAUGGAACAGUUUGGCAAAUAAUUCUUCCAUGGCUUGGACAAAAAACUCAUUCAUUUUCAUCAAAUUGCUUAAAAAGUUUUAAUCAUAUGGCUGCUGAACCAAACUGUACUGCAAUGAAAGCACAAAUCUAUGCAAAUUUCGUUGAGCACGUUGCUGCGGCAAAUAAUCAGACAUUUUGUUAUUUGUUUGUUGGAAACGCUGAAUGUGCAACUACUACGAACCUGACGACUAAUAUAAAAGAUUCGACACAUAUUCGGCUUGUUAUGGAUGAAGAUUUGAAUGAUGUUUAUGAAGAUUUUACUCUUCCCUUGGUGAAUCUAGGAUUUCUCGAUAAAACAGUUGAUAAUCAAGUUAUUCAUAACGAUAUGUUUUAUCUUCAAAAUUAUUCAACUUCUUGUACUGAUGAAAUUCCAAUGGUUCCUCUUCUAUCAGCUCGUCCAUGGCAUCGUCCAAAAUAUCUUUCAAUUGCACUUGAUGAUAUGCUCACGAUUUUCAUUUGUGCAACAAUAUCCGUCACAACUUUUGGAAUUUUAAUCUACCGACAUGUUAGCAGAAAGCAUCGACAACAAGUUGAACUUUUGAGUGAACUAAUGCUUCAGCCGAGGAUCUAUAAAGCACCAAAAGAAUGUGCAAAAGUUGCAAGAUUGCCAUGGGAGAUAAAAUCUGAAAACGUUCAUAUUGACAAAGAGUUUUUACUUGGUGAAGGAACAAUUUCGAAUGUCUAUCUGGGAAAAUUAAAAGGAAAGUCGCCAAUUAUGCAAUGGAUAGACAGAGUUGAAAUGAAACAAUAUCAGGAUUGUGCAGUUGCUGUUCGAGUUCCAAGUCAUUUCGAUGAGCCUGAAGAAGAUCAAUUACAACGAGAAAUUGCAUCAAUGCGUCAACUACGCCACCAUGAUCAUAUUGCACUACUUCUUGGAUGGACGAAUAAAAAUGAUUUGGUGUGCUCUUUACUUGAGCUCACACAUAUGAAUCUUAUCAAAUACUUGUCACAAAUUCGAGAGACAGCUGAGCAGGAUAAUUCAUCUGGUUUUACUCCAAUGAGCAGAAUUCCAUUCCAAGUUCUUUACAAAAUCAUUUAUGAAAUUUGUGAUGGAAUCGAAUAUAUCCAUUCAAGAAACCUUGUUCAUCGUGAUUUAACUGCAAGAAAUGUUCUUCUAACUACUGGACUAAGAGCGAAAAUUUCUGGAUUUGGAUUUUGUUCUGAGCCAGAUGAUCCCAAAUUUGCUGCAAAUUCACUUGCUCUUCGGUAUCUUCCUGUGAGAUGGCUUGCACCAGAGUGUUUUAUUGGAAAAUUCAGUGUUAAAAGUGAUAGUUGGUCAUUUGGAGUACUGAUGUAUGAAAUGUUCUCAUUAGGUGAACAGCCAUAUGAAGAUUUAAUUCGACCAGAGGAAAUAAUUGAAAGUAUCCGAAAAGGAAGAGUUCCAGCCCAUCCAAAAUAUUGUUCUAAGCAAACGUACAAAAUUAUGCAAAGUUGUUAUCAAUCAUUCAUGUCACGACGUCCAAACUUUACUCAAUUGAAAAAUGCAUUCCAUGUUCAGUCUACUAAUUAUUAUAAUAAUCCAGCCUUUGAACCAGACUAUUAGAUACUCCAUCAUUUUUAUUACGGGUUGUUAGAGAACUGUAUAUUUUAUUUGUUUUACUUGUUUUUUAAAACGAAAAUACAACAUUUUUAUUCGAUUAUUUAUUAGAAAAUAUAACAAAAAGCCGCUGUUUGCCGAAAGUAACACGAAAAUAAUAAAAACGUUUAGAACUCAA